AAAAAGGUCUAAUCUGCGUCAGGUGCGUGCCUAUGAGUACCUAAUAGGCAGGCGUACCUUACAUACAUACUAGUAUCCAAUGCUAUCCAUGGAUGUAUGUGGUACAUCUUACACAUACGUACAUAUGUACUAGUGUAACAACAUUGAAGCGAGAUUUUGAGAAUCUCAACUCCAUAUCAACACCUAUCUACCUGCCUGUUCCUACCUACUUACAUGUCGUAGCUAAGUCUUAGCAAAGUCUCAGCAUUACAAGACAGGAUUCACAUUCGACUGUGUCGAUAGCAAUACCAGCAAUAAUGUCUUCAUCGCCCAAGAUCCCGGCUACUCGCCAGGUAUUCGAAUUCGACUCGGAUAACUCUGAUGCUGCCGACCACGCCAUAGAAAGCGACUCGGAGCCUGACUACCCUGGGUUACACAACCAGGGCGACAGUGCAAAGAUAGAUGUGGCACGGCACAUGGGGGAUAUUUCCCCAGCCCCGCCCGAGGAAGGCAUGCUGCUACGGGACCGUCCCAGGAAGACUACAUUCCAUGAUGCCGUAGCUGAGCGUCAGAUGACUCAGGCCGACGCCAAGCUCUUCUUCCAAAGGAGUCAGCUAGAUCAAUCUCAAGCCACUCCCCAUGGCAGCCCUCCCGCCUCGGUUGGCGUGCCGGCCGUAAAGCUACCUAACGAUGCUUCGUUUGCACACGCACAUUCUAAUCUGACUGCCCAUCCCAGCUCCAUCUCAUUAUCACCGGUUGCCCAGAGCUAUGAUUUCCCCCACAUUGCUGGCUCCUCUACUAAUAUGCCCAACCCAGGCACAGCUCCCCGUACAGCUACACGGCCUUCCUUGGGAGAGUAUAUUGGUUCCCGACAAGCUAGCUACAUGCGCCGUGAUAUCUCCCAGGAACGGUCUAAAACAAAUUUACAGCCUGACAUGGGGCUUCCUGACGGAGCAACUUCCAACAUUGCCAGCGGUUUUGGUAGUAAUGAUCCUCUUAUCGCAGCCGAGCUUGGCACCAUCUUUCAAAAUAUACAGAAGAUCCUAGAUAUUCGACAUAAAUAUAUACGUCUCUCCUUGCAAAGAGACGGUGAUAAUCCAAAGGACGACCCGAGCUGGGAUAUUUAUCCUCCCCCGCCGGAGCCUGCCUGGGCCGGAUCUAAUAAGAACCAAGAUAGCCAAGGGAUGAACACCGGGAGCAAUAGCAUGAGCAACAGUACCGUGCUUCCAGGCCAAGCUGGCACACAUCGCAUUGGCCAUGGGAAUACGACUACGGAAUUCGAGCAUAAGAGAACAGCUAAGAAGCGCAAACCUGGCCACGAUAUCGGGGAGGACUUUGACAUGGCUGAUCUCCUGCCUCUUCCUCAAGAGAGUGAAUUUGCCUUUCGUCUCGAUGAGAACGGUGUCUAUCAAGUGUUCGAAAACGAAGCGGCCGACAAGGCUAAUACCCCAGUGGUGGGAGUCCCUACGAUCAAGGAUUUUUAUCUAGAUCUUGAGCAGAUAUUAUCCACCUCAUCUGACGGACCAAGCAAGAGUUUUGCUUUCCGACGCCUUCAAUAUUUGGAGGGCAAGUUCAACCUCUACACCCUCUUGAACGAGUACCAAGAAACAGCGGAUACCAAAAGGGUCCCUCAUCGAGACUUUUACAAUGUGAGAAAAGUCGAUACGCAUGUUCAUCAUUCUGCUUGUAUGAAUCAGAAGCACCUCUUGCGAUUUAUCAAAAGCAAGAUGAAGAAAAGUCAACAUGAAUACGUGCUCUUCAGAGAUGGCAAGAAUCUCACCCUCGACGAGGUCUUCAAGAGUAUUAACUUGACGGCGUAUGACUUAAGCAUCGAUACGUUAGACAUGCAUGCACACACUGAUUCAUUUCAUCGCUUCGACAAAUUCAAUCUCAAGUAUAACCCCAUCGGGGAAUCACGACUGCGGACUAUUUUCCUUAAGACGGAUAACUUCAUCCAAGGUCGGUAUCUUGCAGAAAUCACUAAGGAGGUCAUCUCGGACCUGGAGUCUAGUAAGUACCAAAUGGUGGAAUGGCGGAUCUCAAUCUAUGGAAAGUCCCUAGAUGAGUGGGACAAACUUGCUGCAUGGGUAGUUGACAACAAACUCUUCUCGCCUAAUGUUCGUUGGCUCAUACAGAUCCCACGACUGUAUGAUGUCUUUAAAGCUACUGGAUUAAUGGAGUCUUUCGAACAAGUCGUCAAGAACGUCUUUCAACCGCUCUUCGAAGUUACCAAGAACCCAGAGAGCCACCCGAAGCUUCACAUCUUCUUGCAGCGAGUUAUUGGCUUUGAUAGCGUGGACGAUGAAAGUAAGGUCGAACGACGGCUUUAUAAGAAGUUUCCCGUACCAAAUGAGUGGAACUCCAAACAAAACCCGCCAUACAGCUACUGGAUAUACUAUCUCUUCGCCAACAUAACUUCACUCAACUUUUGGCGUCAUCAGCGAGGCUUCAAUACAUUUCUACUCCGACCUCACUGUGGAGAAGCUGGUGAUAGUGAGCAUUUGGCCGUCGCUGUACUUUGCAGCCAUAGUAUUAGCCACGGGCUACUUCUAAGAAAGGUGCCUAUAUUGCAGUAUAUUUUCUAUCUUGAGCAGAUCGGCAUUGCUAUGUCACCACUUAGCAACAAUGCACUUUUCCUGGCAUACGAGAGGAACCCAUUCUAUCAAUAUUUCAGGCGUGGCUUGAAUGUAUCACUAUCAACAGAUGACCCUCUUCAAUUUGCAUUCACCAAGGAGCCCCUGAUGGAGGAAUACGCCGUCGCGGCACAGAUUUAUAAACUAAGCCCGGUGGACAUGUGUGAACUCGCGAAGAAUUCGGUCAGGCAGAGUGGUUAUGAGUAUUCGAUCAAGCAGCAGUGGUUAGGAGAGAAAUUUCACCUGCCAGGAAAAGAUGGAAACAAGAUGGAGAAGACGAACAUACCUGAUCGAAGAGAAGAAUUUAGGCACAAUACCUGGGUUGAAGAGCAUCGCAUGAUCUCGAGUUAUACCUCUACAGCCGAGUUGCCCGAAGUUUUCGAGCGUCAUGCUGCUACAGCUCCGAUGAACACCAUCGUAGCAUCGCCAACUUCAUCUGCUAAGAUGACCACGGCGGAUUCCAAGUCUCUCGCUUAUCUCAACAUGGCAGAUUUGGAAAGCGGGUUGCCACCGCUAGGGUCCCAUGCCCAGACCGGUAAUCCCUAUGUGGAUUCUCAAGGUGGUGGGCAGCUUACUACUCUCGGGCGGGAGUCUUUGACCACGGAAGGUACCCAAGAAGUGUAUCUUUCGGGACACGAGCCUAGAUAUGUUCCGGGUAUGAUGGCAAGAGUAUCCAGGCGUAGUAGUGCAAACCGCAGCUCCGCACCAGAUGGGUGAGAGAAUGUGUAUCCUUCUUAUAACGUGCCUAUAUACAAAAAAAAAUCUAUAAAAAUUUGAAUGAAGCUAUGAGUGGUAGGUAGGAGCCAAGUGUGCGGGCCUGGGUUGAGUUGAAUGUAAUUGCGUAUGGAUUUUGAGUAGGUUGAUUGUGAUAGACACUAUUGCCUUUGUAUCUAAAAUAUUAAUGGGUUGAUUUAUUGAUAGCUUGGGUAAAUUUGUUUAUUAUCUAGCUACCUAGUGGUAACUAGUUAAUCAUUGGUAAAAAAAAAAAUCAAAAAAAUCAUCAUAUAUUCUUUGGAUGUAUGAACAUAGGUAAUUAGGGAA